AGAGCACCGAAGCACACACUCACAAUCUUGGCUUCUGGCGCGCAGAAAGAGGGAUACAGAGAAAGAUCUCAAUCGCUAGGCAGCCGUUGCUUGGUUGCCGUAGCUGCCUGCUUCGUCCUGACUCGCGUGUGCAGAUGCUCUCAUUUCUCUUCCCGGCGUUUGCUCGUCUCUGCUCCGACCUUCGAAUCUCGCCCUGCACUUAUUCCCUCACCUGUCUCUGCAGCCUAGCUUUGCUUCUAGCUAGCGCGCAGACAGCCAGCAAGUGAGCGAGCUGAGAGAGAGAGGAAGGUGCUUUCUUUCCGUGCAACUGCACCCUGCUCGGAUGCUGCUUUGAAGACUUGCCCAGGUCUCAAACCACUCAAACCUUGUCCCUUGCUCGCAAACCCUUGCGGCAUUUUGAUCACCCUGUUCCGCUUGCUUCUCGGGCACCGCGCGCGCAACUCCUGCUCUGUUCUCUUCUGUUCACUGUUCUCUCUCUCUCUCUCUCUUCUCGCAGGCAGGCCGGCAGGCAGCCUUUCCUUGCCGGUCGCCAUCUGCAUUUAUAUUUCCCCUCCCUGGUCUCCUGCCUGCCUCUGUGCCGUGCCCGUGACUCCUGAGGUUUCUUUCUUUGCUGAGCUGAGGAGAGGGGAGCUCGGAGGAAGGCGGCGAUCAUGGCGUGGAGCGGCCGGCUCGGAGAGGAAGGGGACAGCGGUCUUGAGCUCAGCCUUGGCCUCCCGGCCUACUUCACCAAGCCCUCAGGUUUCGCCGGCGGCGAGGAGCCUAGUGACACUUCUGCUUUCGAUCUGCAAGCGGCCAAAGGAAGCAAUGGCUCCAAGGCAAGGCCAGCAGCUGCUCCGGUGGUAGGGUGGCCGCCAGUGCGUUCGUUCCGGCGGAACCUCGCCUUCUCCAGAACGCCGCCUCAGUCGUCCUCGGCUCAUCAGAACAGCGGAGGCAAAGACGACGGCGCGAAGGCCGGCGCCGAGCGCGGCUUGUUCGUGAAGAUCAACAUGGACGGCGUGCCGAUCGGGAGGAAGGUCGACCUCAGGGCCUACGGCGACUACGGCGAGCUCACCGCCGCCGUCGGCAAGCUCUUCCGCGGCCUGCUCGCCGCUCAGAGGGAUCCAGCCCCGGCCGCGGCAAGCCGACUCUGCGGUGACGAGGAAGAGGAUCCCGUGAUCGGCGGCGGCGGCGAGUACAUGCUGGUGUACGAGGACGAGGAGGGCGACAGGGUGCUGGUCGGCGAUGUCCCGUGGGAGAUGUUCGUGGCAACGGCGAAGAGGCUACGCGUGCUCAAGAGCUCCGACCUGCCGGCGUCGUCGUUGAGAAAAGGGGGCAGGAAGAGGGCUGCAGCUGACUGCUGAACCCUGCCCUGCUCCCACGCAUCGAUCAUCAGCUUGUAAAAAUUCCCAAGCUGAGGAGUGGCGCAAAGCUUGGGCCUGGCUUUUUCUGAUGUCUUUCUGUCACGCUGCUAAUACUUAGUAGUAUGAGAACAAGUCAUGAUGGUAUUAGAAUCAUGUAAUGAACAAUAUUACUGCUGCUAGUAUUCGCAACAGUACUAAUAUUAGUGGUAGGUGUUAAUGAAUCUAUGGCCGGUGUUGCC